CUCCAAUCAUAUUCGUACCGGAAAUCCGGCGACUCCGUACACGUUGUCUGUAGCUAAGGAAUAGAGAUCGUCGUACCGUUUCUUUCUAUUCUGAACAGGCGCAUUCCAAGAGAACUCGCAAAAGGAGUAAAAGGCUCCUACAUAACCUGUCACUACCAAUAAAUUGUAUGAGUCAGAAGGUAGAAAAACCAGUAUUAUCGGGUCAACGGAUCAAGACCAGAAAAAGAGAUGAGAAAGAGAAGUAUGACCCUAACGGGUUCCGCGACGCGCUGGUGCAGGGGCUGGAGCGCGCCGGCGGGGACCUGGACACCGCGUACAAAUUCCUAGACGGGGCUGGCUCCAAGCUCGACUACCGCCGCUAUGGGGAGGUCAUAUUCGACGUACUCAUUGCGGGCGGCUUGCUACUACCCGGCGGCUCGGUGUCCAUGGACGGCGAGUCGCCUAAGACCAACACGUGCAUCUUCGCCGCCAACGAUGAUAUGGACACGAUGCGAAACUUCGAACAGGUGUUUGUUAAACUGAUGCGCCGGUACAAAUACUUGGAGAAGAUGUUCGAGGAAGAGAUGAAAAAGGUGCUUGUAUACCUGAAGGGAUUCGAGCCCCCUCAACGUAUCAAGUUGGCGCGCAUGACGGCGCUUUGGAUUGGCAACGGAUGCGUGCCGCCAUCAGUACUCCUGGUGCUGGUGAACGAGCACCUGCUAAAGGAUAACCUAGCCCUGGACUUCGUGCUGGAGGUGUUCGCCACCGUGAAGCAGGAGCGCGGCGUCGCCUCCCUCGUCACUGCUCUCAAGAAGGGACAGCUCGAGGGCAGGCUGCUCGAGUUCCUGCCGCUGAACCGUCGCAGCGAGGACGUGCUGGCGGCUUCGUUCGCGUCGCGCGGCCUCGCCGAGCUGCUCAAGUUGCAUCGCGCGCAGGCCUUCCAGGAGGCGCGUCGCGAGCUGACGCAGGCGCUACUGGACGAGCUGGCCGACGAGAAACCGGUGCGCGACCUCAUCCAGGAGCUACGCGACAUGGCCGCCAAGCACGCCAUACCCGACCACGAGGUCGUCGCCAUCAUCUGGCAGUGCGUGAUGUCGCGCGGCGAAUGGAACAAGAAGGAAGAGUUGUUGGCCGAACAGGCCGCCAAACAUCUGAGGCACUACACGCCGUUGUUGGCUGCGUUCGCGCAGUCAGCUAAGGCGGAAAUAGCUUUGCUCACCAAGGUGCAGGAGUACUGCUACGAGAACAUGAGCUUCAUGCGAGCGUUCAGCAAGCUGGUACUGAUGUUGUACAAGACGAACGUCCUCUCGGAGGAGGUGAUACUCAAGUGGUACCGCGAGCCCAACUCGAGCAAGGGCAAGAUGAUGUUCCUCGACCAGAUGAAGAAGUUUGUCGAGUGGCUUCAGAGCGCCGAGGAGGAGUCCGAGAGCGGCGAGGAGGAGGAUUAGUUUAAGAGCAGCGAGUGAGACUGACACGACACGCGCCGCCCCACCACACAGACGGACGGACACCGGGGCGGUGCCGCCGACACCCGCGCCCUCGCGCACACAUAACUAAAUAAUAAUAAUAAUAUAAUAUAAAUAAUAAACUAUAAUUGUUAAACUGCAGGCGCGAGGCGGCGCGGGCGUUACCCACAACUGUAUAUUGUUCAUUUCUAAAGUAACAUGUUGAUGAAAUACAAUAUUUUUUAUUCAAUUUUUUUAGGAAAAUUCCAAUAAAUUGUGGUAACACACACACA